AUGGCUUCUGGUUUCGGUUAUACAGGUGGUCGAACGAGGUGUUUCCCUCUCUGGCAAGAGUUCUCAAAGUGCUACGCCAGCGCCGAAAAGCCAGUAGAUUGUGUAGCUCAGAAAGAUGAUUAUAUGGAAUGUUUACAUCACACUAAAGAGAUCGCCCGUGCCAAAGAGAUCAAAUCUCAUUUCGUCCAGACCCAAAUUUCUCAAUCGUCCGACGCUAGAAAGGCAGCUGAGAAAGCAGCUACGGGAGUCAUAGUGUCUUUGGGAUUGGUAAAAGAGGAAGAGGGGCAAUGA